AUGGAAAAUUUCACGGUUAUCAUUAUCGGCGGCAGCGUAGCUGGGCUGACCCUUGCCAACAUUCUCGAGAGAUAUGGCAUCGAAUACAUACUUCUCGAGAAAUACAAAAUGAUUGCUCCCCAGCUGGGAGCUAGCAUUGAAAUCUUGCCUUACGGCUCUCAGGUUCUAGACCAACUCGGCCUUCACGAACAGAUCUCAUCUCUGAGCGAACGAGUUGAGACAAUGCAAACAUUUGGCCCAGACGGGGAGUGUGUCAGCACUGAGGAUGCAUUCGGUCAGCUAUUAGCCGAUCUAACGGGGUACAAGUUCAGUUUUCUGGAUCGUCGUGAACUUAUCCAAGCACUUUAUGGCAACCUCAGAGACAAGUCGAAGGUUCAUGUAUCAAAAGAGAUUUUGAAAAUUGAAACGCUCGACGGGGGAGUGCAAAUCACGACAGCAGACGGUGCAAGCUUUACAGGAGACAUACUUGUUGGCGCCGAUGGCGUCCACAGCCAGACCAGAGCGGAGAUGUGGAGAAUUGCUGAUGCGGAGGACCCUGAUUACGGAACCAAACGAUUAGCUGAAUCAAUUACCUGCACGUACAGAUGUAUGUUCGGCAUCGCUGAGUGUCCGGAAAGCAUGCCCAAAGACACGGGGUUCAAAUCCUAUCACAAGUACCUGUGCCAGGCAGGCCGUGAAGGCAAAUUAUAUUUUUUCGCCUUCAUAAAAAACGAAAAUCAAACAGUGAACCACUCCAUACCCCGUUACACCAUUGAGGAUGAACAAGCUGUGGUUGGUGAAUACGGGGCGGAUAUCUUACGUCCGGGACUCACAUUCGGCGACAUAUACAAUCAGCGUCGACAUGCAGUUCUAGUUCCAUUGCAAGAAUAUGUGCUGGAAAAAUGCUUUUACAAAAGGGCAAUUUUGAUAGGUGAUUCAUUUCACAAGUUCAACCCUCUCACUGGACAAGGUGGAAAUUCAGCGAUCGAGGACGCAGCUUUGCUGGGGGACAUAUUGAGAGAGGCACUAGAGACCGACAGCCACCCCGACAUCUCCAUGAUCCUCGCAGGGUACGCCAAUUUCCAGGAACAACGUCGACCCAGAACAGAUUCGCUGCGAGACGGAGCCAGUUCACGGCAGGCGCUUGAAGCCCUUGAAAAUCCGUUCCUCGAGUUUAUGGCUCUCAAUAUCAUGGGGAAAAUGUCCAUCGAUAAACUGGCUCCAAUAUUCGCGGAGAUGUGCUCGCCGGGUCAUUUUUUGAAGCAUCUGCCUGCGCCAUCCCAUCGAGGUGUUGUCACCCCCGAGCAGGACAUAAUCGCUAAACCGAGCCAGCGGUCAUUGCAUGCAACCGCAUUUUGGAGCUUUGGCAUGGCCGCAAUGAUAUGCUUAGCAGCACUUGCGGCUGUAUACACGAGUGCCGGAAAUAGAAUGGAUGUCUUCAGCGACAAAUUCCAGGUUUACAAUGCCAUGUCCACAAUCUCUGUGACUGCGCUAUGGACGGUGGAAUCAUACAGACCUGGUUUCUUCUUUGGCCCAAUGUACAGUGCUGUUGUCUAUAUCCUCGCCUCCACCAUAUUGGGGUGGAACCUUGUUCUACCCUUUUAUUUCAUUUUGUACAUCUACUCAAGCCGCUCACGAUCAUUCUACUACCCCAAUCCCAGAGCCAUCGACAUCCGAGCUGCUGAAGUCAUUCCCACAUGCCUCUUGAUCGCCUUCAUUCCGUCAAUGCUAGUAGCUCUGGUGUCUUCUCCCAAGCUAUUGUUUGAUACGCGCUGGGUGCUACUCGCAAGCCAUCUCGCUCUUCCUAAUAUGGUAUACCUGGGAAAAAAGCGAUCAAAAAGUGACCCGCCGAGAAUCCACAUUCCGGAUUCCUUGUACGGUAAUCGCGACAUGAUUUAUCUUCUCCGAGCUUACAACAUACUCACCCUUGCUUGCGCAACUAUUCAUGUUUUUGGCGUGAGCCAAAUCCUCAUUCAAUUUAGAGCGGAGCUUUUGGCUACAGAAUUCGUGUUUCGAAGCGAAGUCAUGCAGCUCAUAUUAGUUUCCAUUGUCAUCACAAUCUGGUGUUUCUUCACUAUUUGGGACUUACGACGCACAUAUAUCAUACGGACUCCUUUUUCCUCUGAUUUCAUCUAUUACUGUCUGUCGGUUCUAAUCGUCAGACCUACUGCUACUAUGUUCAAUAUAUGGAAGCGGCGCGAGAUUGCACUGGAACGCUCAAGAGGGCGGCGAUGA